AUGCUUGGGAGCGCCGUAGGAGCAGGAGGAUUGACGACAGGCCCUGACCUGGAGACUAUCCAGACAGAGGACCUUGGUUUUCUUUCUAUCGCCGGCGACGCCAAGGUUCGCCUGACGUCUGCAUGGCCGUCUCUUCCAUCAUCUACCGCGUCGCUCCUCAGCGUCGCUUCGCGCAAAGGUCUUGUUGCUGCAGCUGGACCCGACCAAGUCGUUAUCGCCACAACUGAAUCCGUCAGAAAAGCCUUCGAAACACCAAAAGAUGGCGACUCGGAUAUACGAAGUUUCGAGCCUCAGCUCAAGAUCCCCAUGCCGAUGCGAGUUUCGCAGUUAUCCUUUACCGCGGAUGAGAACUACUUGAUCCUUUCGGCGGAAUCUGGCGGUGGAUUGGCCGUGUACGAGGUUCAGAGCCUGCUUUCAGGAUCAACAAACUCGGCUUUCGAAUUGUCGACUAAUGGUGAAACCUUGCGAGCCAUGAUCCCGAACCCUACAUCCGAAAAGGCAGAGCUUUGCGCCAUCGUGACAAACAAUGGCAAUUUACACAUGGCGAAUCUCAAAGAGCGACAGAUUAGCAACCCUCUCAAGAACCAAGUCAGCUGUGUUAGCUGGAGCUCCAAGGGCAAGCAACUAUGCGCUGGUAUGGGCGAUGGCACAAUCUUCCAGAUGACACCGGAAGGAGAGGGUAAAGGAGAGAUUCCUGCGCCGCCCAAUAUGGGCGACGUUCACGUAUCGUCUCUUACCUGGCUAGAGAAUAACCUCUUCUUGUCCAUUCACACUUCAAACAACCAAUCGCCACCGACAUCUAUCUAUCACAUUAUUACGCGCCAACCGCCAUCCUCUUACAACUUCCAGAAACUUACUGACCCCGUCGAGCCUUUUGGUUCAGAUAAGACACCACAUCACUCAAUCUUGCGGAUUCGGGAUUUCGCCCCAGCUCUUCAAGACAUGCUCAUUGUUGCUUCCACUGCAGCCUCAGAAAUGGGUGUCUUGAGUCGAUCAAAGACUCCGUUAGCAACAGACAGGCCCGCGGACUCUAUUACCGGAGUGUUUACAACAACAGAAUUCCUGGACGAUACCAAGAGACCGACACUGCCCAUGACUGAUUCUAUGGAUGACUCGACCCCGAUUGGUGUUGCGCUUGAUCUUUCUGGCAAGGAAAAGGUAUACAAGCCCAUACCUUCAGAUGUUGAGUUGGAAGAGUCGCCAGGUCCACUUCCUGGAUUUUGGGCACUCACACAUGAGGGUGUGCUUUGCGCCUGGUGGGUAGUCUACAAUGAAUCUAUCAGACAGGGUACAUCGUAUCUUCAUUUGACUGCUAUUGAAGGCACUUCAGCUUCAGCAAUAACGCCAGCGCCUCAAACUGCUGCUCCUGCCGCCUCGGCCUCACCUUUCGCCAACCCCGGGCCAUCUGCGUUUGGUUCAGCUGCUCAGCUUGGACAGAAAUCAUCCCCAUGGGGAAGUGCCAACACUGGCGCUGCGGCCCCCAGUACCGGGGGUGCCGUCUUCGGGUCAACCGGCUUUAGCAACACCGCGGCUACCUCGGCUCCAGCAUUUGGCAAGCCCAGUGCGAUCGGCUUUGGACAAUCAUCUCAACUUGGCGCAAAGAGCUCCCCUUGGGCAGCUGGAUCGGCAUCAGGCGGAGCAGCCCCCGGGUCGGCUCCUGCUUUUGGCCAGUCUGGAUUCUCGAGCUUUGCCAGCAACAACAACACAAGUCCUUUCGGAAAGGCAGCGACCAGCACAUCGUCCGGAGCCCCAGCAUCUGGAGGGUUUGCUGGGUUCGCUGGCAAAAGUGGCUUUGCUUCUGUGAACAACGAAGGCAGUGGUAGUGUGUUCGGCAGCGGAAACAAGCCAACAGGUGGUGCUUUCGGGUCUCCCUCGACUACCGACACUGCGUUCUCGGCUAAACCACAGGAGUCCUCCAGCAGCCCAUUUGGAUCAACACCUUUCAAGCUCCAAAGCUCAUUCAAACCUGAUGGAUCUGCUGCCAACGAUAACAAUGCCAAGCCCACUGGUUCCUUGUUUGGUAGUAACUUUGGAUCGGCUCUUACUGAUGUUAAUAACAAACCUGCCGUUACAACACCUACUCCCAGGGACGAGGAUAUGGGUUCCGCCGCGCGGACAGAAGAGACCCCCCGAGCGAAGAAGGAUUCCUUGUUCCCUGCGCAACAAAGUCCAGAAUCCACUACUCCAACCACUACUCCUGCGCCAUCGAAGUUUGGUUUUGCUCCGUCUCCUGCCCCGGCCUCGUCGAGCUUUGGACAGCCAUCCAAGUUCGGCUCUAGCGGCGGGCUCUUUGGAAACAAAUCAGAGACACCUAAACCCAGCGGCGGUCUGUUCAGCUCUACCUCAAGUAUCCCUAGGCCAACUGGUGGUCUCUUCAGUUCAACUUCAGAGACACCCAAGACAGGGGGGCUAUUUGGAUCACAACAAAACACGCCCCGAGCCAGCAUCUUUGGAGGGCAACCGAAGCCGAGUGGUUACACAGGAAUUUUCGGACAGAAGUCGGAGUCACCUAAGGCCAAGAGUCCUGGGAGUGAAUCUCCCAAGGUCAAGCUGGAGGAGGAGGAUGACGCCCCGCUACCCCCUGAUAGCGACUCGUCUUCCGCAUCCAAGCCUGAGGAUGCUCCUUUGCCCCCAGACUUCACAUCCACCCCUAAGCCCGCAGCCGACUCUGCUGACUCUGCCGAUGCUCCAUUGCCACCUGAUUUUGUUAACGUCUCCAAACCCACAAGUAAUCAGUCGCUAGGCUCUGAUGCUCCCUUACCACCUGACCCGGUUAUUCCAGCCAAGGCUAGAUCUGUUUUUGACAAGCCAGAUGGUACUCCUAAGGCACCUUCCAACCUUUUCCCUGCCGUCAACGGACCUCCUUCAGACGAUAGUGACGAGGAUGACGAAGACGAGGAAGAGGAUGAGGAGGAAGAAGAAGAGGAGGAAGAGGAAGAAGACAAUGGGUCCGAAGGAAGUGGUGUUGAUGUGGCUAAGGACUUGAGUCCUACUAUCAGCAAUAUUACGCCAGGUUAUACACCUCAGAGUUCGUUCGGUGGUCCUGGCGGAAAUGCUCUCGUAAGUCCUCGGGCAAACCAAGAUAGUUCACGGCCACUGUUUGGGGAGCUGAGUCGCAAUGCUCCUGUAUUCCCACGUCCCAACGCCACCAGCCCCCGUUCUCCCAGCCCGGUCCGAGGCGCAGUACCAAACAGAGUCCUCAGGUCAGAUAACAUGAGAUCAGUGAGCGCGCCAGGUGUAGCAUCAAACCUCCUCGGCGCCAGGCAGUCUCAGAUGGGUGCGUCUAUUACCAGCAGAGAUGGUCGCUCAACAGAAGACCCGUUUGUGGCUCAGCAUCGCAAGUUGAAGGCUAAGCAGGAAGCUGCAGAGACUCAGCCGUUGGUUGACGAGGAUGACGACGAGGUUCAGAGGCUUUUGGCGUCACAGGCGGAAGGAAGCCUGACCAUGGACGAGUUCAUUGCCCAUUCGAACGUCGCUCCUCCUGCCAAGGAAAGCAUCCCAAGCCAAGUUGAAGCAGUCUACCGAGAUAUCAACUCCAUGAUUGACACCCUUGGCCUGAAUGCGCGAACCGUCAAAUCGUUCAUCAAGGGCCAUACCGACAAUCGCAAGCAAGGUGGACGCAGCAAAGAACAUCUUGAUGCCCCCGAAGACUGGGUUCUUUGCGAAAUCGAUGAGCUGGGAGAUGUUUUGGACAGUGAGCUUUACGCUGAUCUUGAGGAUGGGCGUGUUCGUGAUUUGGACGAUAAGCUCGAUGCAUGCCACGAACUCGCCAGAGAUAUGCACCGCCUCCGAGCUAAGCAGGAAGACCUGAAGCAGAUCCUCAUGAUCAGAACCGACCCAGACCAGGCUGAAGUGACGCGAUCGAUGCCCCUGAGUGCGGAGCAAGCAACACAACAAAAUGAACUGAGACGGGAGUUUGCCAAGUUCUCGAAGCUAUUGGCCGAGGCAGAAGAAGCGCUGACGCUACUGAAGACCAGAAUCGCAUCUGUAUCUAGCGGCUAUGGCAAAGGCAAAGCAAACGUCCCCACGGUCGACGCGGUGAUCCGUACUAUUAGCAAGAUGACGGCCAUGGUGGAAAAGCGCAGCGGAGACAUCGACGUUCUUGAGAAUCAGCUACGCAAGGUCACUCUAAACCCCACGAGCCGAGAAGGUUCCCCAAUGGUGACGCCUCAGGGACGAAGAAGUGUUAUGUUUUCUCCUGAAGGGACGCCUGUACGCAAUCUGCGUCAUAGUUUCGCAGGUAGCAUGUCUCUGGGUGCAUCUAUGCGAGCGACCCCCCCGCGCAAGAAGCUUAGUGGCUUCAGCCGGGAGGAAAAGGGUGAUUUGAUGGAAAAGAGAGCGCGUCGACAGGCUGUUCUGGGCAAGCUGAAGAGCAGCGUUGAGAAGAGAGGCGUCAAUGUUUGGAACAUGGAGGAUAUCGAAUAA